GCAGAUAUUGAGUGGAAAUUUGCAAGGACAAAGCUCUGGAUGAGUUACUUUGAUGAAGGCGGUACCUUGCCACCUCCUUUUAACAUCAUCCCUAGUCCUAAGUCAUUUCUAUACCUUGGCAACUGGUUUAAUAACACCUUCUGCCCAAAAAGAGACCCUGAUGGUAGACGGAGAAGGCACAACCUGAGAAGUUUCACAGAACGCCAUGCUGACAGCCUGAUACAGAAUCAACAUUAUCAGGAAGUUAUCAGGAAUUUAGUCAAAAGAUAUGUGGCUGCUAUGAUAAGAAAUUCCAAAACAAAUGAGGGACUAACAGAAGAAAAUUUUAAGGAGUUAAAGCAGGACAUCUCCAGCUUUCGAUAUGAAGUGCUUGACUUGUUAGGAAAUAGAAAACACCCAAGGAGAAGUUUUUCCACCAGCAGCACUGAAUUCUCUCAGAGGGAUGAUACCAAUGAUGGCAGUGGUGGGGCUCGGGCCAAAUCCAAGAGCGUCUCUUUCAGUUUAGGCUGCAAGAAAAAGGCCUGCCAUGGGCCACCUCUCAUCAGAACCACACCAAAAGCCAGUGGUGCCCAAGGAAAGUCAAAAGCUGAGUCAUCAAGCAAACGCUCCUUUAUGGGUCCUUCUCUCAAGAAACUGGGUCUCCUCUUCUCCAAGUUUAAUGGUCAUAUGUCUGAACCCAGUUCAGAGCCAAUGUACACAAUUUCUGAUGGAAUUGUUCAGCAGCACUAUAUGUGGCAAGACAUCAGAUAUUCUCAGAUGGAGAAAGGGAAAGCAGAGGCCUGUUCUCAAAGUGAAAUUAACCUCAGUGAGGUAGAAUCAGGUGAAGCCCAGGGAGCUGCUCAGAGCAGUGAAUGUCCUCUAGUCUGUUCCAGCUCCCUUCACUGCGCAUCCAGCAUCUGCUCUUCAAAUUCAAAACUUUUAGACUCCUCAGAGGAUGUGUUUGAAACUUGGGGAGAGGCUUGUGACCUGCUCAUGCACAAAUGGGGCGAUGGACAGGAAGAACAAGUUACAACUCGGCUCUAAGUCAAGCCCCUAUCACCUGUUUUGGAACUCAGCCGAAAAUUUGUAACUUCCUUAUUCUCAGAAGUGACAGGAUAUAAUCCCCUUACUGCCCCCAUUCCCAGAUAGGAGAGUAAAACGCCUAUUAUUUUCACCAUCUUUUAUAGCCACAUUCUCCAUUUUGUUGUUCUUCUUGUUAUUAUUAUAUUACUAUGAUUUGCCUUUGUAUUCCUAUAAGUCCAUUUCACAACCAAUAGAAGGGGUGUGUGCCCCUAAUCAGCAGAGGUGCAGUGGGGUGCUUAACCCUUUGGCUUUGCUUUUCUUAUCCUUGCUUCCUUGAAGCUCCAGGUGCCACUUUGCUACUGUUGCUGCCGCACAGAUUCCUGACCUUCUGAAUCUCACACCAUUUCCCCACAGGGCUGAAAGUUGUGCUCAGCCAUCCCCACCAGCUAUCAGAUAAGGCAAACAAACCUGCCUAUAUUUCUUACCCUUCCGUGCUCCAUGCUGCCCAUUUUGGUUCAAUAAACAGCAUCAAAGGGAGCCUGAACAACCUGCAAAGAAGUGUCAGCUUGUGGUUUCUAGGUAUAACUGGCCUUUUUGUUGUUUUCACUUUUAAACACUACAACUUCUCCUUAUUGUGGGGGCUGUUGAGGUUUUUUUUUCCCUUUAAAUAUGUGCUAGUUUCCUAAUGUCUGCCAAUGAAUAUCUUACCCCAUAGUAUAUGUCAUAUCUAAUAAGUUAGUGAAUUCCUUUCUUGUGUUUGUGUAUUUCACUUAACUUAC